AUGGAGGACCAAGGAGUAUGGGAGGCGGUCGAGUCAGUAGAAGGCACAAUGAUUUAUGUCCGACUUGAUAAGAAGGUGGCAAAUAAGAAGACGGCGAAGGAAGUGUGGGAUUGUCUCAAGACGAGGUUCGUCGGCGCAGACCGAGUGAAUAAUGCACGAUUGAAGUCAUUGAAGAGUGAGUUUGAUAGGAUGCAUAUGAACGACAAUGAGUCGCUCGAUCAAUAUACUGGUUCACUCACAUCCAUAUCAGUAGUAAAGAAGCUCUUCAACACCGUGCCAGAAAGGUUUAUCAGUGUGGUAGCCGGCAUCGAGCAGUUUUACAACCUCGAGACGUUAACAUUUGAGGAAGCUGUUGGAAGGCUGAAGGUCUUCGAGGAACGUACGCGCAAGAAAAACACAAACUUUGGAGGAAACGAAGGACAAGUGCUACUCACUCAGGAGGAGUGGAAGGCUUGGUUGAAAAAGGACGAGGAAGACUCGUUGAACCAGUGGAAAAAGGAUUCCAUAGAUAGUGGGACCCGUGGUCAAGGAGGUAGAACCCGAGGUAGAGGCCAAGGGAGAGGAGGCCAAGGAGCACCGUCUCGGAAAGACAAAGAAGGUGGUUCAGGUGGUCGAGGAGCUCCUCGAGACAAGAGUCACAUUCGUUGUUUUAAUUGCAACGAGAUGGGACAUUACUCAACACAAUGUCGAGCAAAGAAGAACGAGGUAUCACACCUUACCCACAGAAACAACGUCGAACCAGCAUUACUUAUGGCAAUCUCGGAGGAGAUUCCGUCAAUCAAUGUUGUCAUGCUGAAUGAAAUGAAGCUGACUCCAGAAAUUCUAGAAGCUAAGAACGAUGAGACAUCAAGAGAUGCUUGGUUCUUGGACAAUGGCGCUAGCAAUCACAUGACUGGCGAUAAAGAGAAGUUCUUUGAACUAGACGAGGCAGUCACUAGAAAGGUGAAGUUCGGAGAUGGUUCCACGGUACAAAUUUGUGGUAAAGGUUCAUCAUGUUCGAAUGCAAAAAUGGCGACCAGUGGCUUCUCGAGGGAGUUUUUUACAUUCCUUCUUUAA